AAAAUUAAUAAAUUAAUGAUUACACCAUAGAAGUUUCUGGAUGGAAGCGAAGUCAAGCCCUAGUUUUUAAAGCGAAGAAGCCCUAAUUUGUCAGAUCUCCACCGCUCUGCAAUUUAUCUCCAGUAAAGAGCUGUUCGGUUGGUGUGGAAAGUUCUGAUUUUGGGCCUUUGAGCUAGGCAUUCCGUUUCCAGAUUGACUGUUCCAGUUCAUAUAAGAUGUACAUUUGGCCAUCAUCAUACCAAAAUGCAGGAAUUGAGCUGGUUUUUAUAUACAAAUGGACUGCAAGAAGUUUAUCCAGUUGGUUGAGGAGAAGAAGAAGAGAGCUUUGGAGAGGAAAGAAGCCCCUCUAAAAUGGGAGCAGAAGCUAGAAGCUGCUGCAAAGGCAAAGGCUGAUGCUGAAGCCAAGGAAAAGAAAAAGGCUGCAAAGCAUAAAAGAUCUGUGUCUGAUUCUGACACUGACAGUGAUAGUGAUAGCAGUGAUGGGGGUAGAAGGAGUAGAAGAAGAGGCCACAAGAAGCACAGAAGGCAUGCCCACACUGAUUCAGGUGACAAUGAGAAGCGGAGGGAGAAGAAAUCGAAAAGAAAGCCAAAGCGACGAUCCUCAAGCACAAGUGAUGAUGGCAGUGAUGAAUAUGAUAGUGGAUCUGAAGAAGAGAGAAAGAGAAAGCGAAGCCAUAGAAGACACAGGCAUAACAAUUCAAGGUCAGAUUCUGAGAGUGAAUAUGAAGAGAGGAAGAAGCGGAACCAUAAAAGACACAGACAUAAUGAUUCUGGUUCAGAUUCUGAUGCAUCUGAUUCUUCUUCUGAGGAUGAUAGAAUCCGAAGGAGAAGUCAUGCAAAGCAUCAUAAACGUCACCGAUGUUCGCACAGUGUGGACUCAAAAUCAUCCGAUUCCGAUGGCAGCAGGCAUGACCGGAGAAGCAGAUCUUUAGGAAGGUCAUCAGAUGAGAACUACGGAGAAGCAGAUAAACAAACAAGGCACAAAAGCUGCCGGCAUCAUCACCACCGUCAUCACAAACAUCGGCACAAUCACUCAGAUGAGGGUAACCAUCACCAUCGCAUGGAUGAAGACAGAGUUCUACACACCGACUCAGAUGACAAGAAAAUUCAGUUGCUGUCCAAUUCGGCCGAGUCCAAUUGAUAGUACCAAGUAGAAACCAGAGACACAGGCAAAAACACUAAUGCUGCUUCUGAAUGUUGAUCAAUAGGAUUAUUCAUUUUCUUGGCACAUUAUGUUACUGGAUUUUUUUCCUUUAUCUUAAAACUUUGGUUUGGAUUUAGUAUUGAUAUGAUUUUUACCGUCA